CUUUUAUGCUGCUUCCCACACCCCACCUCAUCGCACAUCUAAAAAAAGAAAAAAAAAAAAAAAAAAAAAAAAAAAAAAAAGGCGCCGCACGCACGCAGACGGGUACGCCGCCUCUGCCGCCGCUUCUCCGCGCCACCGCUUCCGCCGCCGACGCCGUCUGCCGCCGCCCUCUGCCGCCCAGUCCCCGUCGGCGCCUUCGCCUUCGCUUCUGCGCGGCUCCGUCCGCCACCGCCGCCGCCCAGUCCCCGCUGCAGCCUCCGCUGCUGCUGUCUGUCGCUUCUCCACCGCCGCCGCCCAGUUCCCGUCGCCAACCAGCCCUAAUGGAAAAAGGGAAGUUUCUGCUGGCUGCCUGAAGGUUCAGAAGCGAGACACAUGUAGAAUAUAUCAUCUGUUAUGACUGUGAUGGUCUAUUUACAAGAAGUAAUACAUAUGUUCAAAAACUAAGUUCCAUUGUAACGCACGGGCAUGUAACUAGUUUUACGAAUAUCCAACGGCUUCUCUUCCGUCGCAUCGCAUGGCCAUGGUGAUGGCGGCGCUCCUCUGCCUCCGGAGGCGGGCGGCGCUUACUGGUGUGGCGCCCAGGCUUGCCACCGCAACGAGGCAAGGUGCUCUAGAUUGCAGGAACGGCGAUGGGGACAGCCCAUGGGUGCAGCUCCCGCCCUUCACGCCGCUCGAUGCCACCACUGCGGCUGCGAGAGCCAUCUCGUCGCGAGGCACGGGUGGAGAAGGUGUAGCGGGCGCCGGUGCCACCGCGAUCAGCUGGGUCCGCCGGUGCUGCCCCGACCUGCCGACCUCGCUGGUGCACAAGUUGUUCCGUCUCCGCAAAGUUAAGAAGAAUUUUGUCACUGCUGAGCAACAUCGGUUGAGAAGGGUUUCAGCAAAAGAUCAAUUAAUGCCUGGCGAUAUCAUCUUUCUGCCGGUUCAUCCCAAAGAAUCUUCGAUUGCUGAGAAGACUAAGAAAUUUGAUAACAGGAACGAGAUUGAUUUUCUGCGUAGCCUUGAAAUUUACAAGGAUGAAGCCAUCAUCGUGAUCAACAAACCGCCUGGAAUGCCAGUACAGGGCGGUAUUGGCAUUAAAAACAGUAUAGAUGUAUUGGCCUCCAUUUUUGAAGAAAAUUCUUCUGAAGCACCUCGUCUGGUUCAUAGGCUUGAUAGAGACUGUAGUGGUGUCCUUGUUCUGGGUAGAAAUCUACGUAGCACUACAAUGUUGCAUGCUACAUUUCGUGAGAAAACUGCUGAUGCUUUAGCUGAUGGUACUCAACAUGUGCUGCAGAGAAAAUAUCUUGCUCUUGUGAUUGGAACACCUAGACAUCCCAAGGGUUUGCUAUCAGCUCCGCUUGCAAAGGUUCUAUUACAAGACGGCAAGUCUGAACGUCUGACUGUUAGGGCCAGUUCAAAUGCUGCUUCUGUUCAGGAUGCUUUGACAGAGUACCGAGUGAUUGAAUAUUGCCCUCAUGGCUACACUUGGCUAGAACUAUUUCCUCGUACUGGAAGAAAGCAUCAGCUCCGAGUUCACUGCGCAGAGGUUCUUGGAACACCAAUUGUUGGGGAUUACAAGUACGGACGGCAAGCGCAUCAGAACUGGAUUCCUCUUCCCCUGCCAAGAACAAUUAAUGAGGAAUUGCUCAGGAAGAGGAAGCUUCCCUUUGGGCUUGUUGUGGGUGGUGGAAGCAUCGCUGAGGAGCAACCUCAGCUUCAUCUACAUUGCAAACAAAUGGUUCUUCCUGAUAUCUCAGUGGCUGUCCAUAGAUUGCAGUCUGAUGUUGAUCCCGAUUUCUCAGAUCUUGAGAAGCUUAACUUUGUUGCUCCCCUGCCGUUGCAUAUGCGGUUGAGUUGGGAGAUUUUGAAGUCUGUGGAAACGUGAAGAUAUUUCAUGCCGUCUGCCUCUUCUUUACAAGGCUAUAGGCGCUUUUGUUUGUGAUACAUGCUAACGCCUCUCCUAAGCAAGAGUCAAAUAGAGGUCUUGCUUUACUAUUCUUCAUGCUUUUAGUCAAUGAACAAUUCACAUUGCAAUCAUGAUUUUGAACACUAGGCUUGAGAUUUACAGCAUGUUUGGUUGCUACCAUGUGCGAUGUGUCCGAGUAUUUUUCAUGCCAGGGGUUGGCCUGAGGUUUCUUACAAAAGUUACCUAACCUGGCAUGGCUCAAAUGCAAGGAUGUGUUUGGUUAAAGUCCUGAGAACAUGCAUAAGUGGACUCGAGCGUCAGGCAGUGUUUGGCUCAUAUUUUGCCUGAGCGUACACUCACCAGAUGGUAGGGGUGGUGGGACUAAGCUCUACAUAUUAUCAACUUGUUCAUACAUGUGGAA